UACCGUUCUGUGUUUGUGAUGGCAGGUUCCUCGGUGGCACAUAGACCUGCAGCCCUGGGCCAGUGAAAGUCGUUCCCUGGAGGAAGAAGCAAAACGUUUUCUCAGCUACAUCACAACACCACAAGUCUUGUGUUCAUCACUGUAUGGUCAGGAAACAGUUCCAGAAGGUUCCACCGGUCCCUGGGCCGUGUGUUUAGACCCAAAGUACAGCCUCAGUCACAGGAUGCAGGGCAAACACUGCAGGGUCUACUCCUUUGGGUUGGGAGUGGAGGACCGGUCCCUGGAGCGUUCUCUCUCCAGGUCAGGAUGUGAAAUCCACUGCUUUGAUCCCAGUCUGAAGCAGCCUCACCUGCUGCAGGCUGACAUGUGGCUCCAUCGGCUCUCCGUGGACUGGAGGGAUCCAAACCCUUCCUUUGUCGCCCAGCAUCAGCAUGUCAAAACCAUCCUAAAUGAAUUUGGCCAUGCACAGGUGGAUGUACUUAAAGCAGACAUGGAGAGUGCCGAGUGGAAGAUUUUAGAGAAUCUAGUUCUGGAAAGUGUUUUGGACUCAGUUGGUCAGAUGUUGAUGGAGUUUCACUUACACUGGGCCGGUUUUGAAGUGGGCGGCGAUGACCCGUCUGUGGUGCGGUACUGGUACAGUCUGCUCAAAGAGCUGGAGCGGGCCAACUUCCGUCUCUUCCAUGUUUACAUUGACCCGAACAAACCACAACUUUUCCUGCAUCAGAACAUCCUCAACGCCAGCAGCUCUUACACCUUAAGUUGGGUGAACACACAGUGGAAGCCGUGAGAAGUGCUGGAGGGUUUUUGUAAAAUUCUUCAAGCAAGAAAAAAAAACUGCUAGGCUCGGCCACUCUGGACUCUUGAACUUUAUAUAAAAGUAAAAAGCUCCAGUACCAGCUUAUCUUCCUGCUCCCCUGGCCCGUGAUGACCUCAGCCGUGCAGGGGAGCAGAGUAACUGCCCCCAGAGGCUGACUCUCUGUUCUACCUCACAGUAGCUCUGUUGUUGGCUGCAGGUCAGCCCCAGUCUGACUCACACAUCACUGCGGUGGUAUCUGGACUUGACUCACGGCCAAGUCCCUUCUGCUCAUCAUCAGGACCUUUUCAGAGAACACAGAAAAAAAAGCUGAAAUGCUAAGCUUCAAAGUUAGAAGAGUUGUGUUGUGAUAGAAGGAAUGGACAGAGUCCUUACAGAUCAAAUUCAAGUCCAGAAAUCUCCAGAAAAGUCGAAGCAAAAUCUUUUCCUGAUGAUAUUGAUGUGGAUCUGUAUCUGUGAAGAACCCACUAAUAUAGAGGCUUGAACAGGGGAAAGUUAGUUAAAGUUAAAAAAAUAUGUAAUCAUUUCAAAAGGUGUUUGAUCUUAAGACAAGCCUCUAAGGUGUCUCAAAUUUUUAACCAUCCUAAAUGGAAAUCUGGUCUGUUCACAUUUUAAGAGCAUCAGAAUAAGUUUUUUCCAAUUCCAUCUCACUCCUUUAUAGUCUUGAAUAGGAUUUUUUUUUUUCAAGAUUGAUGAAAACCUCCCCUCAAAGUGGAGUACAUAGACAGGUGCCUAAGUCAAACACCUUGUUUUCACAGAUAGCCAGUGAAUAUUUCAACAUGACAAUAUCUGGCCUCAUUCUAGAUAAUAAAUUGCACACAUGGCUCACCACACAGAGUAAACGUAUUUGGAACUUAACGUAGAGGAACAAUCACAGCUGAGCUGCUCAAGUCUAUCAUAAUGGGUAUAAUCAAAAUUAUGUGAAGAACUAAAAUAAUUGGGACAUGGCCCUGUGAUAGAAUUAACUUCAAUUGAUAGGAAUGGUAUAAAAAUACACCUUAAUAAAAACGGAGGUUUUUGGAACAAUUGAAGAAAAAUAAAGCCUUUCUCCCAGACAUGUAUAAUAUGCGUGUGACCUAAGGACAUAAAAUUCACAGAAAGUUUAUUUCCACAAAGAAAUGGUUGGAAAAUGAAUGACAAAACUCUCAAAAUAGUACAGAGUAUAACUGUACAUAAUUUUGUCAAUUUAACAUGUAAUACUUAAUAAUAAAAAAAAGCAAACAAAAAAACAAAUCUAUGUCAUAAACCUC